CAAGGGUCUUUCCUUCCGGAUCUCUCCAAGCGGACCCCGGCGAUCUGCCCUGGUUAGACACGGAGUUACUUUCGGCGAUCUCAACCUUAUGCCCCUUCCUAUUCCAUUCGCAUCUGACAGUCUGGUAAUAAUCAACAACGCAGCCUUCGCCUGGUGGAUUCAAACCAACUUGGUCCAGCCUGCGCUCCCGCCCUUUUGCUUUGGAGAAGAGAGUGCUCCUUCCGGUUGGUGACCUAAGUUGGUUUCCAUCUGAACUCACUUGCAGGUGGCACACUGCUCACUUUACUCACGGUAACUUGAGCUACCUUAUCUUAGGUGGCUGGCCUCUAUCGGAAAUAAAGCCUGAAACAACACCUUGGUUCAGCGUUGGUAAUAUCGUCGAUACCUUUGUGGAUAUCAGGCCGUUCAAUCGUUCCAGAGCCUUUUGAGCAAUCACUGAACCCAUACAUUUCAGCAAUCAACGGCACAGCAGAAAGCAUGGCGGAACAACCCAAGAAGAUCAGGUUCCUAGGCCUUCACGGCAUGGGCACGAGCGCCGAGAUCCUAAAGUCCCAGACAGUCGCCUUUCGAUCCAAACUCCCAGACAACUUCACAUUCGAGUUCCUCGACGCGCCCUUCACCUGUGCCCCGGCCCCGGGCACCGACAUCCUCUUUUCCUCGGGCCAUUACGCCUGGUGGACAGAUCAGACCGUCGAUGGCAUCCGCGGCUCGCACCAGGUGCUGGAUGACUUCGUCGCGGCCCACGGGCCCUUCGACAUGGUGUUGGGCUUCUCGCAGGGCUGCUCCCUGAUCGGCAGCUACCUCCUGUAUCAUGCACGCGAGACGCCGGACAAGCCGCUGCCAUUCAAGGCGGCCGUCUUCAUCUGCGGCGGCAUGCCGCUGCCCGUGCUCGAGGAUCUCGGCAUCAACGUGCCCCCGCGGGCCAAGGCCAUCAACGACAUGACGAGCAAGAUGAUGAAGCAGAAGGCUGGCAAGCUGGUGGAUAUGGCGGCGAACCCGGAGAAGAUCCAGCAGGGCGUUGGGCUGUGGGAUGAUGUCGAGGGGUUGCUGCACGAUCCGAAGAAGAUGCCGGAUGAGAGGGAUGUGUUUGGGUUGGACUUCACGGCCAUGCCUGAGGACUUGCGAAUUCUAAUUCCUACUGUGCAUGUCUAUGGAGCCAAGGACCCGCGCUGGCCCGCCUCGUUGCAGCUGGCGUACUGUUGUGAGAAGAGGAAGUUGUAUGAUCAUGGCGGCGGGCAUGACAUUCCCAGGACAACAGAGGUGUCGGAGAAUAUUGCAAAGUUGAUUCUGGAGCUGACCAACGAGAUAAGGGGUGACUGAAUGGGAAGAUGCAUUGGUUGGUUCGCAGGACGAGCCAGUAUGGGUGUUGGCGCCGUUGCGCGGUUCUAGAGUUAUCAGGUUGAUUGGAAGGGAUAUGGAGAGACCACUAGAAAUAGGGAUAGGGGUCUAGAUAUCCAACCGCCAAUUGAACGAUGUUCAAUGAGG